AUGUUAGACUGUGAUAUGUUGUGUUUGGAGUUAACAUUUGAAGUGACGGCUCAGUCUGGGUGUAGUUUUAUCUUUAGAUCUCAUGAACUUUGGGCCAUUUGUUUUGUUUUCGAGUUGCGCGUGAUGUUUGUAUGCCGAUAGAAACAUAAAAUCAAAACAACCGAGUGACGGGCUUGUAGUAGGCUGUAAUUGGAAGAUGUCUCUGAUAAAUUUCAGUAGUGAACGAGAGAGCAAUAAGCGACGAGAGGAAUUACGGACGGCGAGAGAAAGAGCUUUAAAGAAGGCAGAGGCAGAGUUUUACCAGAAGAAGUUGGAGGAGGAGAGGAGGAGGCAGCGGGGCGACGACAAUUGGAUGGCACCGUCAGUCGAGAGUCGAGUGAGGGAGUCCAGCAAGUCUGACAAACAUAAAAAGUCGAAAAAGAAGAAGGAAAAGAAGAAGAAGGAGAAAAAGAAGAAGGCAAAGAAGAAAAAGCACCAGUCAGAGAGUUCCAGUGCGGACAGUGACGGAGAGGAUGAUGACGAAGAAGAGUGGGUGGAGAAGGCAGAUGAGAAGAAAGAAGAUAGUGGUGACAGAACUGUCAGAAAAGAUAAUGUGCCUCAGGAAAGAGACGCAUGGAUGAUCCCGACUGCUGACAUUUCGAACCUGCUAGAACGUGGAACGGACAACACUGAAAUCCGUGGUGGUGUCAGAGAAAAGCCAGAUAAUGACAGGCUGAACCUCGAUAUGAUGGGACAGAGUUCACGAGAGCUGAACCCGUACUGGAAGGACGGUGGGACAGGCUUGCCGGCAGACCGGCCCCAGCGAAGGGAGCCCGCGACCCGACAGAAGAAUGUCGGAGACGGCGGAGCAGAGUGGCUGCGGCGCGCACUGCGGCGGGCCGAGGAGCAGGCGGCCGCAGAGGGCCGCCCGCUGGAGGAGGUGGCCGCCGAGCGCUGGGGGUCUCUGAGACACCUGCAGGACAUGAUAGCCACAGCAGAAGGACAGAGGGACAGCGGUAGGAGGCGACCGGCAUUCAGGAGGCCCGCCGAGGACGGCAGCUCGCCCGAUCCUGUCGGGGACCGGAGAAGCGGGGAGGAGCGAGGGGGAGGGGGAGGGGAAGGGGGCCACCUCACCGGGGCCGACAGCCGCAGAGAGCGCCGGGGCAGCCCGGACGGGCGGGUCAGGGACAGGCGCGGAGACUCCGAGAGGUCGUACGGGCACAGAGAUCACCGCCGGCCUGAAAGAGCAGCUUGGAAAAAGUCUGACGUGAGAGUCGUGGAAGAGAAGACGAGGGGCAGAAGUAGUACUCCGACAAAUGCUGAAAAGACCACACGGAAACAAGCAGGCAGCAGUUCUGAAGGCUCUUCAUCAGAGUCCGAAGAAGAAAAGGGAGAACCGGUGGGCGCAGGAGCCCCACUCACUGAUCUGGAGAUGAACGAGCUGGCGGCCAAGCUGGUCAAAGCAGAAAUCCUCGGCAAUGAGGAGCUCGUAUCUCAGCUGCGAGCAAAGCUGGACGCAGCCCGUGCCACUCGCAAAGCUGGCGACGACGACAAGCGUGGCCGAGAAACGCGGGACGAGGAGGAGGUUGUGGUGCUCACCAGGACAGAUGCCAGGGGCAAUGUGCGGCCCGCAGCUGCCCCCAGUUUCGCGCCGGACAGGGAGGCUGACCUAUGGGGAGGUCGUCGAGGCAGGAAAGCGAACAGGAAGAAAACACACGAUUCCAAAGGACAACGUGUUCAGUAUUUUGCAGACGACUCGAAAUUCAGUCUGCAGGACCUGUACCAACGCGAGAAAUUCAUCUCUGCAGCAGACCAGCAGGCAGAGUUUGUGAAGCUCUCAGCAAAGGGUGUGGAGGGUGGAGCUGCAGAGACGGGGCGGCCGAGUGCAGAUGCGGAACACCGGCGGGCCGUGUCGGACAGCAGGUGGGUGGCGAAGGCCCUGGAGAGCUGCCGCUGGUGCCUGGGCGGCCGGCAGCUGCAGAAGCACCUCAUCGCCGCACUCGGUGACCAGGUGUACCUGUGCGUCCCACCUCAUCGCUCCAUGGUGGAGGGCCACUGUUUGCUCAUCCCGUCUCAACACGUCUCCUGCUCGACACAGCUGGAUGAAAAUGUCUGGGAUGAGAUGCAGAGAUUUCGCAAGGCCCUGGUGGCAAUGUUUUUGGGGCGAGGACUGGACGUCGUGUUCUUUGAGACGGCAGUACACCUGAGCAAGAUGCCUCACAUGGUGCUGGAGUGCGUCCCAGUUCCUAAAGAGGCAGGAGACAUGGCUCCUGUCUACUUUAAGAAAGCCAUCACGGAGUGCGAGAUGGAGUGGUCGAUGAACAAGAAGCUGGUGGACCUGGACGGCAGCAAGAAUGUUCGGCGUGCCAUUCCCAGAGGACUGCCGUACUUUUGGGUGGGGUUCGGCAAUGAAGACAAGUUUGCACACAUUAUUGAAGAUGAAAAGCAUUUCCCCAAGAAUUUUGCUCAGGAAAUAGUGGGUGGCAUGCUGGACAUAGACCACAUGCUGUGGCGAAAGCCAAAGAUGGAAAAUUUCGAUGCUCAGCGCCAGAAGGUAAUGCAGUUAGUUCAAUGGUGGAAGCCUCACGACUUCACACGAGGAACAAAACGUUCUCAUGACAGCAGUUCAUCAUCACCACCAUCAUCGUCAUCAUCUGACUCUGAAUGAUAAACUGUAAAACGACGUCAUGAUAUGGCUGAUGUCUCCAGAUUCUCAUCUCGGGGUUAUUAUCUUGAGACGAACUGCAGUGAACUCUCAAGAGUUCAUCCAGAGUUCUCGCAUUUGGGUUACGGAAGAGGAUGUAAGAUACUGUAGAGGGCAUAAAAGUCUACACGAGUCCCAUGUUUACCUCUAAAGAUGUGCAGAUAACAGUGCAUGUAUGUGGUCUAUAUUUAUUCAGUUUACAAAAAUACUUAAAUAAAGAGACAUUAUGUAUUGUCCUGUU